AUGUGGGCACAUUCCCUCCGUUGCUUUUUUCGGAUUGACAUUUCAGGGGCUGUUAUGCUUGCAGGGGGGCGCCGAUUUUCCCUAUGUUUUCAGCACGCGUUUCGUAGCGCGAAUUUAUUUCCCUGGUGCCCGUAUGCAGGAUUUGCAUGCCAUGACUGCAGUCUGAUAUUUACUUCGGUCAACAGCAAGUCAGAACUGACAAGCCGUUGCAGCUCACGCGAGAGCCUGAAAAGAAAUGCCUUCAUGAUAUCAAGGGCGUUACGACGAAAUCCUCAAGAACUUUAUGCAAGAGCAUGCCAGCCGUCUGGGCGUUUGGUGCUGGUGUACGACUAUGAGCUGCAGCGAAUGAGGAUUCUUGGUCCUUACUCAAGCGUAGAGCAUCGCAUUGACUUUCAGCAGCUAACAUUCAACUGCCGCCGUUGUCGGUGAAUCUCAGCGACGGUGACACGAACAUGAUCAACUGUGCAAGCGACAGAACAACAAGUCGUUGCACCGGAGCUGUACCAUAUCUCGAAUACACGGAUGGGGUACAUGAGGGCUCAAUGAAACCUGAACCUGUACUGAUUCUUUCUGUGACGCAGCGUUUUUAGAACGGGAAUUCGGUUCUCUGACACCGGUUUUUGCAGUUUGAAUGCUUUUUUUCAACGGUACAAGAAAACAGCACUUGGGCCUAGGAUGUGCCCUCUGCUGUGUGUUCGAUAUCCGUUAUUCACUUUGGAUGUGGCCGCAGAGCGCUGCGGAGAAAAUCGUCUUUGCGCAGGUGAAAAGGGAGGAGACAGAGCAACGGCGUGGAGGCUAGUUAAUGGUUUUCCCACUAAUGAAGGACUCGCACCCAAAGGCAAAAAGAAAACAGCGCGUCCGUCCGAGAUCUGUGGGCUAAUCGAUCCUUCAGGGUCGACGUUUCUCCCCACCUUAAGAAGAGAAACUUCUAGGCGGAAUCCGCACCAUUUUUUUGUUACUGUUGCUUCAUCGAAGGACUUUUUAUGAGAAGCCAGAUUUGAGUCUUCACACAUUGGCCAACACGCUAAAGACAGCCCUAGACAGACCCCCUAAAUAUCAGCCAGCUUCCACCCCCUGUUCUAGGUUGCUGUGGAUCAUUUUUUGGACAACGUUCCAAAUUCGGUAUAAGUAAAUUAGCGGGGUGACUGUGCCGGGGCAGUGAGAAACAACUAUUUCUGCGGCCACGUCGAUUGGUACUGGGAGGUAGGAAGGAGUUACCGAAAAAAGAGCUUCCUGAAACUCCGUGGAAGAACCAGGUGUCACCUCAAUCAGCCCAACUUUACGAUCUUUCGUUCUUUGGCGAUGCGCGACUCUGAGUCACGACGCCGGGGCCGGGGAACCAGUGGACCUCCUGUCAGUGCUUGAAACUGUCUCUUUACCAAAUUCAGCAGCUUACCUGUAUAAAGGAGGAUGUAACACGUAGACCAACGUGCAAUGUAGUUGACUGCUUGCGACACCGACAUGCUAUUUUUUCCUCUUUCGUGGUCACAAACGGCCAAAGACGUUUUAUUUUUCGCGAUGCUCUGCAGGGCUUUUCCAGGUCCGAAUCUCGACAGAAAACCCGGAAUCAGUCCAAGUGCAUGCAUGCACGCUACAACUGCCAGCAAAGCAGGCACAACGCGGGUCCGCGCCCGAUUAUACGAGACUGAUGACAUGCCCACUAAGCGCAUUGUUUUUAUUGUGAACUCACUGUGUGCUUUCUUCCAAUAGCAACAUUCUAUUCGAACUUCAGCUCCAUCGUCCCUCUUUGUCCUCCUGUAAACGUUCCGUGACAGCCGCACAGCUCGGACGCCGUCGCCUUGCUGCUCGUCGAUCGGUGCUGUGA